AUGCAUAACCACGAGUUGGACAAAGGGCUUGAAGGGCAUCUCAUGGCGGGGCGUUUGAAACCGCAAGAGAAGGAUUUUAUGGACGAGAUGACAAGGAAUGCGGUGGCUCCAAAAAACAUAUUGUCCACAUUAAAGGAGAGAGAUCCGGAAAACAAGACCUCUGCAAAGCAAGUGUACAACGCUCGUCAUAGGUACAGAGUUAAAAUGAGGGCGUCCAUGACUGAGAUGCAACACUUAUGCAAGAAGCUUGACGAUAACAAGUACUACUACAAGUAUCGGACGGUUGUUGAAGAUGGAGUUGAACAUCUUCAAGAUAUAUUCUUUGCACAUCCGAGGUCCAUAAAUUUAUUAAACUCUUUUCAUACUGUGCUGAUGAUGGACUCCACAUACAAAACCAGCAAGUACAAAAUGCCGCUGUUUGAGAUAGUCGGAUUCACUUCGACCGAGAGGACAUUCAACGUUGCUUUUGCCUGGCUCAGUAACGAAAAGGAAGACAACUUUAUAUGGGCUCUGCAACAACUACGUUGUUUGUUAAGGCGUGAGACAAAUUUGCCGAAGGUUAUCUUGACGGAUCGAGAUUUAGCUUUGAUGAAUGCUAUUCCGGCUGUGUUUCCAGAAGCGGCGGCGUUGGUUUGUCGGUUCCAUGUUAAGAAGAAUGUGAGGACCAAGGCAGCCGAGCUGGUCAAGGUGAGGGAUGGGGAAAAGGUCAAGGCGGCGGACAUGAGGGAAAGAGUCUGUUUGGCGUUUGAGGAUGUGUUAGAUUCGUCUACUGAGGCCGAGUAUACUGAAAAUGUUAUGGCUUUUAGGAAGUUAUGUGAGAGGUGGCCAAAAUUUGUUCGGUACGUUGAAGAGACAAUUUUGGACACCGACAAAGAGAAGGUCGUGAGUGCAUGGGUGGACAAGUAUAUGCACAUGGGCAACCAUACGACAAAUAGAGCCGAAAGCGCACACGGUGUUUUGAAAAGUUACUUGACCGACGGUCUCGGUGAUUUGGUGAAGGGUUGGGAAUCGAUGCACAGAAUGUUAGGCAAUCAAUUCACCCAAGUGCAAACUGAAUUUGGCCAGAACAUGUCUGUGUAUGGACACACAUACCGGAAGAAAACACUUUACUCGACUUUGAUGUUUAAAGUCUCUAGACGUGCAUUGAGAUACAUCCACACUGAAUCAAAAAGAGUCGAGUUUACUGGUAUGGAUAACAUGAAGUGUGGUUGUCUGAUGAGGACUAACUACGGGCUGCCAUGUGCGUGUUUGAUUGCCAAGAAACUGCACCACAAUAGGCCUAUUAGACUCGAUGAGGUUUACAAACAUUGGAAGAUAAUUUGUUUCCAAGAUGAAGAAGUUGGUGGCGACGUCGAGGACGAUUAUGCGUGCACGGCAGAGUGGCAAGCAAUUCAGAUGCGUGAACGAUUGAGGACAGCUGAUGUAAGCAUGAAAAAUGAGAUCCGAGAUCAACUCCGAAAGAUUGCGUAUCCUACAACCACCGAUGUGGAGCCUCCGACCACAAAUGUAAAAUCAAAAGGGGCUAAAAAGAAAAAGGUGGUCCGUGGAACAAGAUCCACCAGCAGAGAUAAGUCUCGAUGGGAGCAUGUUGAAGAAUAUUUCACGGAGACACAAGCGUCGCAAUCGUCAAAGCCGUCUCCGUCAAUUCCGUCCCACUCAAGGCCAUCAUCAUCAUAA